GUCAAGUUUGCCGGCUCCGCAUACAGCAUCGGAAUUACUGACCGCAAUCCUGCUUUCUCCUUUCUGUGGACCUGAUGCCAUGAGUGCUUUCACUCAUUUUUUGAAUCCUUCGAAAAUGGCUUGGAAGAAUUAUUAUUUUGCCGUCUAAUUUAAAACGCAUAUUUUAAUAUUCGGUGCAGUUUUUUAUUAAUUCGUUUUUUUUUUUCACUGGUCACUGAAGCUGCACAGGACCAUGGAUCUUCCACCGACUUCAGAGAAAUCGCAUCUUAUCAACGAAAGAAAUGCCAAAAUAUACUCCUUAAAACUUAACAGUGAAUUCUCAGGCUCCAAAGAAAGUUGUCCAGACCUGCCUUUGGGAAAUGGUGAAAUGGCUGGUGCCAUCGAGCUGAAGAGGCCUGUUGGAACUCAUUGCCAUGGAAAAAAAACAGCCUGCGAUGAGAGCCAUGAGAAACUCAUAGCAAAGAAGAAACUGUACAUCGCCUCCAUAGUCUGUCUGGUUUUCAUGAUUGGAGAAGUUAUAGGUGGUUAUCUAGCACACAGUCUGGCCAUUAUGACUGAUGCAGCUCACCUUCUGACGGAUUUUGGCAGUAUGAUGGUCAGUCUUUUUUCCUUGUGGAUCUCUUCAAGACCACCCACCAAGAGAAUGAACUUUGGCUGGCACAGAUCAGAGAUUCUGGGAGCCCUGGUAUCUGUAAUGUCCAUCUGGAUCGUGACUGGAGUGUUGGUGUACCUUGCCAUUGAGAGGAUAGUAAAAAAUGAUUAUGAAAUUGAAGGCCAUGUGAUGCUCGUCACCUCAGGUUGUGCAGUCGUGGUCAACAUCAUAAUGGCCUAUAUUCUACACCAUUCCACGACCUUCCACAGCCACGGUUCAGGCUACCACAAGAUUGAUGAGAAUGGGAUUAGCCCCGUGGGCCAUGGCCACUCCCACAGCCUCCUGGGUAAUCAUGGGAACACCAGUGUCAGAGCAGCAUUUAUUCAUGUUUUGGGGGAUCUCUUACAGAGCUUUGGAGUGAUGGUGGCCGCCAUUAUCAUCUACUUCAGGCCAGAAUACAAAAUAGCUGAUCCCAUUUGCACUUUCCUCUUCUCUGUGUUCGUCCUGGGCACCACCAUUACCAUUCUAAGAGAUGUCUUCCGCAUUCUCAUGGAGGGGACACCCAAAGGAAUAGAGUUUAAUUCAGUGAAGGAGGUGCUGCUGUCUCUAAAGGCAGUGAAGGCCAUGCAUAGCCUACACCUGUGGGCUCUCACCAUAGGCCAGAGUCUGCUGUCUGUUCACAUAGCUAUUGAGGAGAAUGCUGACCCUCAGAGUGUCUUAAAGGAAGCAACUGAACUCCUUCAGACCAAAUUUGGCUUUUACAGCACAACCAUUCAAGUGGAGCCUUAUUGCGAGGACAUGAUCCACUGCGCCCAGUGCCAGGACCCUAUGGACUAAGUUGUCCAAGUGCACCGGUGAGGGGAGGCUGUCUGUUUAAAAUGUAUGCACACAUAUUAAGCUUCAUUGAGGGUCCAAGCCAGAAAUGGAAACACUGUGCAAAUGUAUCAUCUACAUAUCAUUACGAAUAUGUACAUGCCAAAUGCAUUUCUAUCGACUACCAAGGAAACAAAAAAGAGAUUUCACACUGUGCCAUCUUAAAAGUGCAUCGGUUUAUGGGUGGAAUAGCUUUAAAAUGAAGUGGUGUGGUUUAGCUUCACAUACUGUAUGCAAAGAUAAAGUAAACUGAGCGGCAGAACAUAAAUAUGAGGCCUGGAGGCAUCACUGUGAGCCUUUUUAUUGUGACUUCGCAAGGCUGUGUACUGUAAUUGCCUGUCUGUGGUCUUGGGAGGGUAAAAGAUGGGUAUUGACCUGACUUUCUUAAAAACAAUUAGAAUGGGGUUUAUUAUGCCCCAGCCAGCCUUACGUCCGCUGUCAGCACGGUUCUGUAAUCAAUGUGAAUGUCCGCCAAACUGCGGCAUGGUGUUGCAGGGCUUAAAAAGAGAUUCUGCUCAAGUGUAAUUAUGGAUUUUUUUCAGAGAUCUCUCACUAAUGUCUUGUCUCAUGGUACAAUGCUAUUUGCAAAAGCAAGUGGGUGAUUAACUCUGUUCUUCCUCACUGGCUGCGGUAGUUAAGGACCAGUUGUGGUUUCUAAGCUUGGCUUCGUGCGACUUUUGAAAGAACAGUGGAAACCAAAUGGCAGAUGAAUGAACGAAGAGUGAAGUGUGUAAAUUUAAAUACGUUAUCCCAAUUUCAUGAGCAGAGACCAAAACAAGUAAAACAUUUAGAGGUUAAUAUCCCAACAUAUUCUUUUGAGUGGUCUUCUGAAUCAACCAGUGUUGUGACUUUGGGGCGGGACUAUCUGUGAUAAACUGUUUAGCAGGGAUUUGGCUAUGUUUGGAUUAGCAUACUAUUACUAAUUUGCUACAAUUAAUGUAUUGUGUGCACUACCGUUCAAAGUUUGGGGUUAGUAAUUUUUUUCUUUUUCAGCUUUGCCAUCGCAGGAAUAAAUUUCAUUUUAAAAUAUAUUCAAACAGAUAACAGUUAUUUUAAAUUGUAAUAAUAUUGCACAAUAUUUUUACUGUAUUUUUGAUCAAAUAAAUGCAGUGUUGGUGAGCAUAAAGGCCUGUUCACACCAAGAAUGAUAAUUAUAACGAUAACUAUUUGCGUUCACACCAACAAACGAUAACGGUCUGUUUAUUGUAAGCUCACGCGCUGCGGUUUCAAAGUGUGUACAUGUUUUUGCUGUUCUUGUUGCAUUUACAUGGCUUUAACCAGCAGAUGUCCUCAGCGUGCUAUGUUUUGAGUAAAUAGCUAGUGUAAUCGAUCUAAUCUAACACUGAAUUUACCUGACAAAGUCAAUUUAAUUGAAUAAAAACAACGCCUAGACUUUUUCACUGGAACUUCAAAGGAAGCAAGACAAUGUUGUCGAAACUAGCACUGGAUACCUGAGGUAAUUUUAUUUUACACUGUUUACUAGCCUGGCAUAUUUCGAUAAUACUUCUCACCAUUUAUUCAGAGGGUAUGACCAAUUGUUUUCCAUGUAUCCAUUUUCUUUAAAGUAUCCUUGAAAAGGGUGUUUGACUUGUCAAACAUUGGUGGCUUUUUCUGGACCUCAGCGAUUAACUUCUCCGCAAUGUCGUCUGCCAUUUAUGCGCGAGCCCUUAAAUUAGAAUGGAUUCUGAUUGGCUGUCAGUGUUUUAUCGUUCAACAGCUGGAAAAAAAUAGUUCUGAAAGUGAUCCCAACGAUAUCGUUUCUCUAUAUCGUUAUAGCUGUGGUGUGGACAGUGCCAUUCUUUUAUAUUUAGAAAAAUUUUUAGACCUAUAUCGUUAUCUUUAUAGUUAUCGUUCUUGGUGUGAACAGGCCUUUCAAAAACAUUUAAAAAAUCCUACCGACCCCAAACUUUGAACGGUAGUGUAUGCUAUACACAGUAUGCAAAUAUCUGUGUGUACAGUAUAAUUGACAAAAUGUGCGUUAUAUCACAGAGGAAAGUGUGUUGGGUAGCCUACUGUAUAUCAUUUUCAUGACUUAUUUGAUCAGUCUGUCAAAAGUGAUUUAAAAUGCAAUUUAAAAUUGUAUUUACAUGAUAACUGGACGCCACUUGCUGAUUUAUACAUGCAAUUUAAUUAGUAGUAACAUACUAACUAUACUAAUACAUUUAUGUAUUUAUAGAAUAUAAAAUUAAAUUUCAUUCUUGACUCAUUAUUUGAACAAACUGAUUAAAAAGGAAAAAAGGAAAACCAGUAGUAUAUUCAGCACACACUGCACAGCAUUCAAUAAGCUGCUAUUCCAAAGAUAGCCAGUGACUAAUUUGUUUGAACACUGAUAGAUAAGGAAGGGGAAAGCUGUUGGAAAUCAAUCAUUAAUUUUUCACUUGCAUUGGGUGGCGACGUGGCGCUAGUAGUGGGACAGAAUUUACACACUUCACCUUGCAAGGAUGCUGUUGUGGGUCACUCUGGUUUGUCAAAGUCAUUCAUGCUACGGUCUAUACAUCCUCCAUACGCUCAUGUCUUCAGGCUCUGUCCAGCUGUAGUCUGUGCUGAGGUAUAGGGAAACAGAAUAGCCUCUAGUCUAGAUACACACACUUUUUGCACAGGAUUUCCAUCUCUGAUCUCGGUGCCGCCACACUGCCGCAAUGACUCUAAGACAUUCCAGCAAGUGGUGCAACACGUUUCUCAUGUCUCUGCAGUUCAACACGGAGGUCAUGGCUGUAACAUACAAUAACAAAGCACAUGGUUUCCAUUUUCACUGCAGUUUUCAUUUAAAUGGUUUUUAAAAAUUGUUAUUUUGGUAACAAUUUUCAGAGCCCCUAAAUGUGCACUAAUGUUCAUUUACAUUAUAUGUGAAGAUUUUAUAUAAAUAUAACACUGAAUAUAUGAUUUGAGACUAAUAUAAGACACACUUGACAGAUAAUUAUUGUGUUUUAAAGCUUGCGUGUACUGAUAAAAUGUAGCCAUUGUGAUCUGUUGUGGUGUUGUGAAAGAGUUUUAAGGGUUUGCUUGCAUGGUUGCUUUGUUUGUUUUUUACGUGUCUGCGAUUUAGAUGGCCAGUAAUCAUAACUGAUCAACCCAAGGACCUCGCAAUCUCACUGAAAGACCUUCAUUAAAUUCUAUAUUUUGUCUAUUUGUUUUGAUAAAAUGAAUAUAUAUUUUAAAAUUGAAUAUCACAGUCAUUUAUAAGAGAGUGCGAACAAAUUAUAAUAUGAAAGGACCAAUGCAUAAGCAGUAUAUUUUUGAUAAUGUUGGUGGGUUGGUGUGCCAAAGUUCUACAUUAUAAAAUUGAACAUUUAGAGCAAUCACAGUGAUCUACAGUGAAGUAAAAGACUAUUUACUGUGAUUAGAAAGUCGGUUAUUCCUGUUAUGCGGAGCUAUUUCUAUUAAAGGGUUUAGCAGGCUUUCAGAAAUAUGCUCUAGCCACGUUUACCGUAGACAUGUAAAGGGAUUGUUCACCGAAAAAUGAAAAUUAUCCCAUGAUUUACUCACCCUUAAGCAAUCUUCUUUCAGACAAACACAA